CCCGGAUGAGGUUGAGUCACCGGCGUUGUUGACGUCACUCGAGCUCUGAAAAUGGCUGAGUCGGAAGAGGAGGUGGAUGUCUUGGUCCAGAGAGUUGUGAAAGAUAUCAAUAACGCCUUUAAAAGAAACCCGAACAUUGAUGAAAUCGGCCUCAUUCCGUGCCCCGAAGCCCGGUACAACAGAAGCCCCAUCGUCCUGGUGGAGAAUAAGCUGGGAGUGGAGAGCUGGUGUGUCAAGUUUCUGCUGCCCUAUGUGCAUAAUAAACUCCUGCUGUACAGGCAGAGAAAGCAGUGGCUCGAUCGGGAAGCACUGGUAGAUAUAACCUGCACAUUGCUUCUCUUAAACCCAGAUUUCACCACUGCGUGGAAUGUCAGGAAAGAGCUCCUGCAGUGUGGCGUGUUAAACCCAAAGAAAGACCUUUACCUGGUUAAACUAGCACUUUCUAAGCAUCCUAAAAGCCCAGAGACAUGGAUACACAGGCGCUGGGUGUUGCAGUGGCUGCAGAAAGAGGGCUCUCCCUCUGAACAAGAACUGAAGGAUCAUGCUGAACCCAGAGAAGAUGCUGUGAGGAGACCAUGUGAGAGGCUGCAGAGAGCCUUGCAGGAGGAAAUGAGGCUCUGUGCAGACGCAGCCGGUCGUUACCCCAGCAACUAUAAUGCCUGGUCCCAUCGCAUCUGGGUAUUGCAAAACAUGGCUAAAGGCAAUGUAAAGGUUCUGCAUGAUGAGCUGUCCUCCACCCGACUGUGGGUGUCCAUGCACGUGUCCGAUCACAGCGGCUUCCACUACCGUCAACACCUGCUCAAGGCCCUGGCCAGGGAGCUGAGCCAGCUCGGAGAGACGGAGCUGCACCACACCCAGCAGCCUAACGGAGAGAGCACAGCGGGUGCGUCUGAUUACAAUCACCAUAAUGACGUCAUCCCUCAGCUCUUCCACGAGGAGAUGGAGCUCUGCACUGAUCUCAUCGAGUCCUAUCCAGGCCACGAGACGCUGUGGUGCCACAGGCGUCACGUCUUCUACCUGUGGCAGCAGUGGCGGCGGGAGCACCUGCAGGGGGCAGAGUCACAAUCUCCACCUCUCACCCACACCGAUGUCCUCCUCAGCGAGGAGCCCUGUGAUGACAGCAGCGCCUCCCAGACCAUGGAUGUUGACUGUGUUGUUGAUGGGAACAAACACGGAAGCUACACGCAGGACACCAAACGACUAAAGCGGGGACCACUGCUUCCCCACCCCGCACUUCCCUCCGAGCACACAUUUGUCUCUAGAAUCCUCACGGGCUGCCGGAGCACCGAGCAAAACCGCUUUGCUAUUGCCUACAGGAAGUGGCUGGACUCCGUUAUAGGUCAGUAGAGUGAGAAAUGCUCUGCCCACCAUGAUGUGGGAGAACUGUGAAAGGUCAACUUAUUUCUGGCUCCAACCGCCCACCCCAGGUUCUCUGAAAACCGCUGGACCUGGCCGGUUUGUCAGAGCUACUCUGCCAGAGCAAAUUCCCGCUCCUGAUGAAAACCCAUGGCCUGUCUCGGCAGUCUAAGCCUGGUCAGUUUCAGCUGCUUUAGUUCAGGUACUGGAUAUCUCAGGUCUGGUUUCAGUGUGCAAUCCUCUUUUAUCUAUCUAAACUUUUUUUUCAUAUAGUUUUGUUUUUUAUGUUGUCUUCCACCACAAAUCAAUUACAGUAUGCUAUCAUCA